AUGCGGAAAAAAAUACUUAUAAGCAACGGGCUUUGCAACGUACAUUACUUACGAAAAAAACGCGGAAUUGCAAAAAUUUCGAAAGGAAAGAGUUUUUAUCCAGCCUUACACCAAAUAGCUAUCGGCUGGAGGCACGGUUUUUACUUUUAUGUAGUUAACCCGAACCGUAAAGCUCUUUAUGGGUUAUAUAGCUCGAAAGGGGUAAAUAAAUAUAUAUAUAUACAACCCUUUCCCCCGCCGCAUUAUUUAGCAUUAAAAUUAACCAAGCUAAAACAAUUAAAUCCUCGUACGUAA